AGUUCCGCACUCCAUCUUUACAAAAUAAACAUGUCUAUCGAUUUAAAGACGAACAGUGCCAGCCUUUCAAAGGCUUGGCAAGAUAUUUUUGAUGAUAAAUGCGAAACAGAUUGGGCACUCUUUGGUUACGAAAAGAAUACCAACACUCUUAAAGUUGCCGACACUGGAGAUGGAGGUUUUGAAGAACUUAGUGAUGAGUGGAACAGUGGUAAAAUGUUGUAUGCUGGCUUGAAAGUUAUUGAUCCUAAUACAAAUCUACCAAAAUAUGUUCUGAUAAACUGGGUGGGUGAAGGUGUUCCAUCAUCAAGAAAAGGAACAUGUGCGAAUCAUGUCAGAGAUGUGGAGAGAUUUUUCAAGGGACAUCAUGUGGCAAUAAACGCUCGUAAUGAUGAUGAUGUUGAAGAAAGUGUUAUCAUUGAAAAGGUUAAAUCAUCUUCAGGAGCCAACUACAGUUACCAUAAAGAAAAGGCCAGACCAGUUGAAGCACCCACUGCUGUGGGUUCUGUUUACCAGAAACAAAAUGUACGCAAAGACACGGAUAUGGCUAAACGAAAUCAAUUUUGGUCGCAACAGGAAAUAGAUGAAGCAAAACGUCAAGACGAGGAAGCCAAAAGCAAGACUCAGACGAAAGACGAAGCCGAGAGAAAGCGCAAAGAGAGAGAGCUACGAGAGGCGAAGACGAGAGAAGAACAGUUCAGAGAAAGAUCAAGAAGCAUUGACGAGAAGAGGAAACAAGAACGUGAAAUAGCAAAGAAGAAGGAAGAAGAAAGAAAGGAGAAAGACGCUGCAAGAGCUCAGGCUUAUACCAAGGAAUACGAAGAAGAUAAAGCAAGAGCCGCGGCUGCCGCAGGAAGGAGAGAGGAAGCUGCGGACAUGAUCAGAGCCGGGAAGGCAGCCAGACCCCAGCCCCCUGCUCCACAGGCGCGGCCACGUCCAGCUGUGCCCGAGCCGGAACCGGACAAUGAACCAGAACCUGAACAUGAACCUGAACCUGAGCCUCGUUAUUCACCAGAGCCUGAACCGGAGCCUCGUUAUUCACCAGAGCCUGAACCCGAGCCUCGUUAUUCACCAGAGCCUGAACCCGAGCCUCGUUAUUCACCGGAGCCUGAACCCGAGCCAGAACCAGAACCCGAUCACCGUUAUGAACCGGAGCCUGAACCCGAGCCAGAACCAGAGCUGGAACAAGACAAUGAGUAUGAUAUCCCGGAGAGCGGUCCAGUUACUGGGGAUCCGUCAGCUGGAUAUCAAGACCAACAAGAUGACGAGAAUCUCUAUGACAACGCUGACGCCAUAGUGGAGGGUACUGGUCAGGAAGAGUCAAGUGGCGAUGAUGUUCGUGCGAAAGCAUUGUAUGACUAUCAAGCAGCUGACGACAGCGAGAUCACGUUUGAUCCAGGUGAUAUAAUAACGGAAAUCAAUCAGAUAGAUCCAGGUUGGUGGCAAGGUAGGGCGCCUGAUGGUUCAUAUGGCUUGUUUCCUGCAAACUAUGUAGAAAUCAUUGAUUGAAAUAUGGCAUUAUAAACAAGAGACCGCCGCAUUUUGCCUGCUCCAUGGUUGUAGCAUCAAAACUUUAUAUUUGUAGGUUAUUUUUUUACGUUAUUCAAAUUAAUACCAAAACAAUAAUAUAAACAGAUAAUGGUCUAGGUCUUGAAAGUUGAAACAGGGCCCGGGGUAGGCUUGUUAUCAACUUCCUAAAACCGAAAGUUUGAGUUGAUUGAAAAUAUACACCACCUUCCAUUCGUUUCCAAUCAAUCAGUUCAAUUCAUUUAUUCGUACUAAAACUCCUUUUUAAGCAGGUUUGCCACCGGGCCACUUGUUCGCGCCAAGCGACUUCGAAAACAAAUUUCGGUAAUGUGAUUGGUUGAAGAAAAAAAAUCCGUUGCAAUUUCUUUCUCAUUAGCCAAUCACAUUACGGAAUUUAUUACCGCCAUGCGAACAAGCAUGGCCAGCGGAUCACAGCAUUGAAUUAAAGAGAAGAGAUGUCUACUCUUUGAUUAAUUUAUAUGCGCGCUUUGUAUUUGUAAUGGAACAGAAAGUGCAACUGACUGCACUUAUCUUAAAGCUAAUGUCGCACUGUACUAUGUUUAAAACGUGAUUAAUAGUUGAAUGCUAAAUAAAACAAAAGUACGAAACAGUAAUUGCACUGUAAAAAAAGUAAUUUUUGAUAUAGAAAAUUAGUUGAUAAAUGAAUGAGUUCUUCUUUGAAAAAGAGUU